CAACCCAGGUCGCAGCCUCAGGGAGGGAGGACCGGCUCCGCUGAGCGCCGGUCGCUGGCUCCCUGUGGCCUCUGAAGGCGACAUCCAGAGCCUGAAGACUUAUCACACGGGGCCAGCCCACUGCAAGACCCGAAGGGUCGCGCUCUGCGAGUCGCAGAGGCGGGACAGUUGCCUCGCCCUUCCGGAAGCGGAAGUGCUGUCCGCGGGCUCUCAUCCGCCGAGAACCGGGUCCUUCCGCCUCCCGUUCCGCUAAGCUGCGGCAUCGCGCCCUUUCUCCUUCCCGCGUCCCGCUUGCCGGCCCCACCAUGAUCUCUCUAGACUUUUUGGACGAUGUGAGGCGGAUGAACAGGCGGCAGCUGUAUUAUCAAGUCCUAAAUUUUGGAAUGAUUGUCUCCUCGGCACUAAUGAUCUGGAAGGGGUUAAUGGUAAUAACUGGAAGUGAAAGUCCAAUUGUAGUGGUGCUCAGUGGCAGCAUGGAGCCUGCGUUUCACAGAGGAGAUCUUCUCUUUCUAACAAAUCGAGUUGAAGAUCCCAUACGAGUAGGGGAAAUUGUCGUUUUUAGGAUAGAAGGAAGAGAGAUUCCUAUAGUUCAUCGAGUCUUGAAGAUUCAUGAAAAGCAAAAUGGGCAUAUCAAGUUUUUGACCAAAGGAGAUAAUAAUGCUGUUGAUGAUCGAGGCCUCUAUAAACAAGGACAACACUGGCUAGAGAAAAAAGAUGUCGUGGGGAGAGCCAGGGGAUUUUAUCACAAGAACAGAUCAGUGGAGGACAGGAAUUAUUUGUUCCUUACAUUGGAAUCGUGACGAUUCUUAUGAAUGACUACCCUAAAUUUAAGUAUGCAGUCCUUUUUUUGCUGGGUUUAUUUGUGCUGGUCCAUCGUGAGUAAGAAGCCUGCCUCGCUGUUCCUGGGAAGAUGCUAUGCUUUUUGUUACUGAGCAUUCGGAGUGGAUACUGGUCUGUGAUUGGCAGAGUGGAGGACACACACGUUGGCGUUUCUUGGUGGCACUGGUUGGCAUUAGUUUGUUUCCACACCAGAAUCUGUGUGGGCGGGCACAUGUGCACUGUGAAGUGCACUGGAGGGAACUUUCAGCCACAGGGUUUCAUAUGUUGUCAUUGUCAACACUUUCACAUUUUUGUACAUCAGUGACUUUUUAUAUUAAAAGGUUGAGCCAAAGCCCCCAGUGUUUGUAUUUUGAAGCCAAGCUUCACUUCUAAAGUGCCUACAGAGUCCUGAAUAUGCAUCUGUGCAUGAGCUCAGACAUGCCCUUCCUCCUUAUAAUGGGAAAGGUGCAGAUGAGGUAAUCUUUAAGUUUUAACCUUUCAGAAUUUUAAAUAAAAGACUUUGCACAUUUGA